AUGGGAUUCAAUGACUCUUGGUGCCAAAAAAUAAUGCAAUGCAUCUCUACCACCACAUCUGUUGUUCUUAUUAAUGGUUCUCCAGACUCUUUCUUUACACCAUAUAGAGGUCUUAGGCAAGGAGACCCCCUGUCUCAUUAUCUGUUCCUGUUCUGCAUGGAAGCUCCCUCCAGAACUCUAAUACAUGCUGAAGAACUUGGUAUCAUCUCUGGCAUCAAGAUUUGCAAAGGAGCUCCCUCCAUAAAUCAUCUCAUGUUUGUUGAUGACCACAUGGUGUUCUGCAAAGCAAACAAAAUCGAAGAUCAAAAUCUCAUGGACAUUCUAAACCUGUUUAGAGAUACUUCUGGCCAAUUAAUCAAUUUUAUAAAACCUGGAGUGUUCAUCAGCAGGAAUACUGAUCCAACCCUCAUUCUGCAGUUUGAUGAUAUAUAUUUAGGAUCUCCGCUCUUUACUCACAGAAGCAAGAUAAAGUCUUUCAUACUAGGAGUUGACAACAUGAAAUUAAGACUAUCAAGUUGGAAAAAUGCUCCCCUAAACCCUGCUGGCAGGGAGGUUCUCAUCAAAACUGUUACAUCUACAACCAGUAUCUAUCUAAACACCAUCUCUCGGAAUGGUGAAGAACCUGACUAUCAGGAAGAUCUUACAGUACCACAUAAUUUGAAUCUUCAUAAUUCUCAGGAUUUUGGGUUCAUUAUCAAAAUUCGUACAAUACAGGACCCUGGAAGUUUUAAAUUCUUUUCUGUACUAACUAUCUGA